UGUCCCUUUAAAAAUAAAAUAAUUUUUUUCAUGUUUUGUCUUUAAAAACCCAUAAAACUACCUUUUAUUACAUAAUUUUAGUGCCAGAUUGCAACGAGACGUCGGUAUGUCAGAAGAACAGGCGGAAAAUCACAAAAAUCCCACAAAAAUUCCCGAAAUAAAGAGUUUUGCGUUCUUCGAUAUCGAAACAACUGGGUUGCCAAGCGAAGAAGGAAAUCGCACCAAAAUAACUGAAAUUUCGAUCGUUGCAUGUUCCGUCGAGCAUUUCCUCAGCACAAAAUCUCCAAAAAUACCGCGAGUUUUGCACAAAUUGACACUUUGCGUGAAUCCUUGCAAGCGAAUUUCGUAUAAAUCGGAGGAAAUUACGGGACUUUCGAACGAUUUGUUGGAGCAUGAGCGAAAAUUCGAUAAAGAAACCGCAGAAACUUUAAAAAAUUUCCUUUCUCAUCUCCAAUCGCCGUGUGCGCUUGUGGCUCAUAACGGAUUCAACUUUGAUUUUCCCAUUUUGAAGCGAAUGUUGGAGCUAAAUGACGCGAAUUUAGGAGAUUCGUUACUUGCAGCGGACUCUUUGCACGUUUUUCGUGAAAUUGACGAGCUUGAACAGGAAUUGGCGAUGACACAAUUUGUCGAUCCCGAGGAAAAAGCAAUCGAUGACUUCAUUAUUGAGGAACUUUUGAGCAUUAAAAGGCAAGAAAAGCAAAAAGCUUCGUCGUCUCGCUUGAGAAAUGGAUCAAAAAGUCCCGAAAACGCGAGAGAAAUGCAAGAAAUGAACGAAACGACGCCCGAGAAGCAAAUUUUAUCAACAAAUGAGCUCAGUUGUCUUCAAAAACUUCCAAAAUUAGAGCGAGAAAGGGACGAUGUCACUCCAGAAACGUCAAAAAAUCCCCAAGAAUGGAACAAAAACAAUAAAAGAACACGAGAUUGUCCUCCAAAAUCCCGCCGAGACUUGUUUGGAGCGAAAAAAUCCUUUAAAUUGACCAAAAUUUACGAAAAUAUCUUCCAAACGGAGCCCGAACAUUCCCAUUAUGCCGAAGCUGAUGUCAUAACGUUGCUCAAAUGUGCCAUCGCGAAGAAUUUUGACUUUGUCAGAGUCGUUCAGGAGCAAGCUAAAUAUUUUAAAGACAUUCCCGCCUUAGGUCAACACACUAAAAUGUGAUUUUUUAUAAGAAAAAAAUAAUUUUGUUAAAAAUUUUAUAUAAAAAAAAAUAAAUUUUAUACGAAAAAAAAAUUUCUCCGUGUCGGGGAGUCGAACCCCGCUCUCCCGCGUGACAGG